AUCUCCAUCGAAACUGCACCAUGGCCAACACUCUUCCUGAUCUCCCUUAUUCUUAUGAUGCUCUCGAGCCCUUCAUUUCUCGUCAAAUCAUGGAGCUUCACCACAAGAAGCACCAUCAGACCUAUGUCAAUGCGCUGAACGCAGCUGAGGCUGCCUACUCAAAGGCAUCGUCCGCCAAGGAGCGCAUUGCACUUCAGGCUGCCCUCAAGUUCAACGGUGGUGGACAUAUCAACCACUCUCUCUUCUGGAAGAACCUCGCUCCCGCCCACUCUGAGGGCAAAGGAAACGGAGGUGUCCUGCAUGGUGGAUCUCUCAAGGAUGCUAUCGAGGGCACCUUUGGCAGUGUUGACGCCUUCAAAAAGCAAUUCAACGCUACGACCGCUGGUAUCCAGGGAUCCGGCUGGGGAUGGCUCGGACUUAACCCCAUCACCAAGCGUCUUGAAAUUGUCACCACCGCUAACCAAGACCCUCUGUUGACUCAUGUUCCCAUCAUCGGUGUCGACAUCUGGGAGCACGCAUUCUAUCUCCAGUACCUCAACGUCAAGGCUGACUAUUUGAACGCUAUCUGGUCCGUUAUCAACUUUGAGGAAGCCCAAAAGCGCUACGAUGAAGGAAUCGCUGCCAAGCUCUAAGUCUGUUUUUAUGUGAGAAGAAAGAGAAAAGAAGACAGAAAUUGUAUUACUUUCGUGGGACUAACUGAUUAUCUUGUAUCAACGGUUGCUCAAAAUCGCAUGUUUUUCUUCCUCUCUUU